UUGGGUCGUUCCUCACACAGACCACGUGUUUUAGACAGAAAAAGGAAGUAGAAGUUAACAGACACUGGUCUCCGUCUGUGUGUUGGAUGCCAGGCACGAUGAAACUUCUACUCGUCCUUCUAUUCCUCCAAGUGACACCAGGUGAAUCCAGGGAAGUCACUGGGUACAUUGGGGAGAACGCCACCUUGCUCUCAGGAGCCGACCUGAAUAGGACUCUUUCCACGAUCAACUGGUCAAUAUACACAAAUAACACCUAUAUCGCCACCUUAUCCAAAGGGACAAUACAGCUGGAGUGGUUUGACCGAUAUAAAGGGAGACUCAGUCUUAACAACUCCUCAGGUGACUUAACUAUCCGCAAUUUGACUUCAAACGAUGCCAUGCAGUACAAUGUAGGCCUCACCGAUACUGAGAGACACAAUAGCGCACACAAGAUUGAUCUCAAAGUGAAACAACGCCUCCAGAAGCCGACGAUAGACACUGCCUCUCGUCAUGCAGCAGCAGGAAGCUGUUGGUGGCAGCUGAAUUGCUCCUCAACGGAUACAGUCAACGACUUGUUCUGGCAUACUGAAACUCCCAGUGUGACUUUCAUCAGCGAGACCCAUCCUAAAGGCGGCUUUGCAGUUAUUGUUGCCUUUCUGAACAGCACAGAGAACAAGGCUGAAUUCAGGUGCACCUCCAUCAGGAACAGGGAGAACAGCAGGGAAAGCGCCUCCAGUGUUGUCACUUUAAAAUGUGGAGAUGACGAGUCGAAUCCCAGGAUGUAUUAUCUUGUUCUGUUUGUUUUGGGAUUCUUCCUGGGAGUUGCCCUGACAUGUUUAGUAAUCUAUCGGAGAGGUAACAGGAACACAUCUUGUUUGGAGGGAAAUUCUUACAGAUCUACAGCAUUAAAUCAUAAUACUGCAGAAUUCUGAAAUGUAAGCUUAGACAUAGCUAACUAUAAAAUAGAACCAAUUAAUGAUUAAAAUAACACAUUUUGUGGCACCACACCAAAAUUGGAGGUUUUAGAGCAAGAUGACAUUUGGGGAUGAAAACGGAUUAGACACUGUAAGAUAUAUUCAUUCAUUUGAUCUGGUUGCUUUUGUGUUUCUGUUACUGCUUGUUAACAUCACGUCUCUCUUUUUCCCACAACAAGAAAUCUACAAACUGCAUAAAAACAUCAACUUCUGAAGAUGCCAACACUGUAGUGUAGUAUGUGAAUGGUAGUAUUGUACAACUUCAAAAAGUGUAAGCAAAUGUACAACAGACUAGUGGUGGUUCAAAUGGUUCAAAUAUAACGAACGCUGCAGUCCGUUUAUUAUCUAUUUAGGAAGCAAAAACACAUGAACGUAUUUUACAACAAUAAAUGAACACCUGUGCAAUCUUA